CCAGCCAUCUUAUUUCCAUCUCUUAUCUUGCGCCCAUCUCUUGCUCCACAUAUCUAGCUACCUCUGUAGCUACACAAAGCUUGCUCGGCAACAAUGGCCGCAGGUGGAGCUUGCCUUCUUGCUGCUCUUGCUGUUUUCUCCAUGCUGAUCAUGUCAUCCGUGGGGAAUCCCAAGCCUUUAUGCAGUGACUGUGGGACGUUGUGCAGUACCAACUGCACCGCGGAGGCUAAAACCUCCUGCAGCGGCUACUGUGACUAUAGCCCUCGGGAGGGCUGCGAGAGGCAAGUUUUUGAGCGGUGCACUAGAGAUGGUACCUGCUGCACCAGCAACGGUACAUGCACUUGUGACUGCAACACCGUAGCUCAAAAUUCUUGCACGGGGGUCACCGACAACUACACAGAUUGCCAAGCUUGCACGCAAGGCAUGUUCGACCAUUGCUAUCCCACCUGUGUCAGCGACUGCAACAACAACUGCAAGAAGAAAGGGUGCCAUGCAUAAGAAAGGGUGCAAGGCAUGCUCGACUAUUGUUGUUGUGCUUGUACCUAGUUUUCUUUAACCUUUUUUAUAUUUAUCUUGCAUUUUGUGUAAACUCCAAGACCAUGUUUUGUGGGAUGGGAUAGGAGGAAUGGGUAAUUAUGUUUAGCUGGGGAUUUGCAUUUUGUUUAAUUAUACUGAAUAAUAAUAUGGAAUGGUAUAAAAUUUCUCUAAGUUAAUGCGAUGUGAAAGUAUG